AUGAGUGAUCUACUAUCUAAUCCAGCUGAUACUUUAUCAUAUUUAGAUAUUUCAUUUUUAACUUUUGAAGCAGUUUUACAAGUUGUUAUAAUAUGUUUUGCAGGAUUUAUAUCAGCUAAAUCGGGUGUAUUAAAUACUCAAGGUCAAAAAGUAUUAGGUUCAUUAAAUGUUGAUUUAUUUACUCCUUGUUUAAUUUUUUCAAAAUUAGCAAAAUCAUUAAGUUUAUCAAAAUUAAUUGAUCUUAUAAUUAUACCCAUAUUUUAUGCUGUUUCUACUUUUAUAAGUUUUAUUUGUUCAAAAUUUACUUCAUGGAUUUUAAAUUUAAAUGAACCAGAAGCUGAUUUUGUUACUGCAAUGGCUGUAUUUGGUAAUUCAAAUUCUUUACCUGUUUCAUUAACUUUAAGUUUAGCUAAUACUUUACCAGGUUUAUUAUGGGAUGAUAUACCUGAUGAUGAUAGUGAAAAAGUUGCUGGUAGAGGUAUAUUAUAUUUAUUAAUAUUUCAACAAUUGGGUCAAAUUUUAAGAUGGUCAUGGGGAUAUAAUAAAUUAUUAAGAAAAAGAUCUAAUUUAGAAUUAAAUACUUAUUAUACUAAAAAUGGAAUCAAAAUUAUAAAUGAAGAAAAUUGUCAAUUAUUAUCAAAUGAUAGUGAACAAGCUUUAUAUAUGGAUGAAGAACAUGUAACUUCAAAUGAAGUGGAUGUAACUUCAUCAUCAUCAUCAAACAAUUCAAUUUCACAAAUCAAUAAUUACAAUACAAAUAAUCCACAAUCGUCGAUCUAUAAUCCAAACAACGAUAGCAAUCAUCAAGAUCCCUCAUCAUUAACAGAUAGCGAAGACAGUGACAAUGAAGUAAUGUUUAAACCAAUACGAUUGUGGGAUAAAUUUAUAGAUUUACCCGGUAUAAAACAAUUUAAAGCAUUUAUGAAUCCACCAUUAUAUGCAAUGUUAUUAAGUGUUAUAGUUGCAUCAACUCCAUUGCAAAAAGUUUUUUUUGAAACUGGUAAAGAAAAUGGUGAUGGAUCAUUUAUACAUAAUACAUUAACUGAAGCAAUUACUAGUUUAGGUUCAGUUUCUAUACCAUUAAUUUUAAUUGUAUUAGGAUCAAAUUUAUAUCCAUCGAAAGAUAUACCAGCUCCAUCAAAACAUUAUAAUCGUAUAUUAUUUGGUUCCCUUUUAUCAAGAAUGAUAUUACCUUCAUUAAUAUUAUUACCAAUAAUUGCAUUAUGUGUAAAAUAUAUUAAUAUUUCCAUAUUAGAUGAUCCAAUUUUUUUAAUUGUUGCAUUUAUUUUAACUAUUAGUCCUCCAGCUAUUCAAUUGAGUCAAAUUUCUCAAUUAAAUGGAAUCUAUCAAAAGGAAAUGUCUGGUGUUUUAUUUUGGGGGUAUGUUGUUUUAACUUUACCAACUACUAUUUUUAUUGUUGUUUGUUCUUUGGAAGUAUUAGAAUGGGCAAAUCCAAAUUAA